AUGAGGCGCUGCCGGCGUCCCUGCCCCCCGGGACGUGGAGAAGGUGGAGGAGGAAGAAGCCCCGUUAUCGCCACCGUUGCAUGACCCGCCACCCCUGAGGCCCGGCCCCUCAGACCUUACCCGGUGUCCGGGGCCAAGCGCAAGUAUCAGGAGGACUCGGACCCGGAGCGCAGCGACUACGAGGAGCAACAGCUGCAGAAGGAGGAGGAGGCCCGCAAGGUGAAGAGCGGCAUCCGCCAGAUGCGCCUCUUCAGCCAGGACGAGUGCGCCAAGAUCGAGGCCCGCAUCGACGAGGUGGUGUCCCGCGCGGAAAAGGGCCUGUACAACGAGCACACGGUGGACAGGGCCCCGCUGCGCAACAAGUACUUCUUCGGCGAAGGCUACACUUACGGCGCCCAGCUGCAGAAGCGCGGGCCCGGCCAGGAGCGCCUCUACCCUCCGGGCGACGUGGACGAGAUCCCCGAGUGGGUGCACCAGCUGGUGAUCCAGAAGCUGGUGGAGCACCGCGUCAUUCCCGAGGGCUUCGUCAACAGCGCCGUCAUCAACGACUAUCAGCCCGGCGGCUGCAUCGUGUCUCACGUGGACCCCAUCCACAUCUUCGAGCGCCCCAUCGUGUCCGUGUCCUUCUUCAGCGACUCCGCGCUCUGCUUCGGCUGCAAGUUCCAGUUCAAGCCUAUCCGGGUGUCGGAACCUGUGCUUUCCCUGCCGGUGCGCAGGGGGAGCGUGACUGUGCUCAGUGGAUAUGCUGCUGAUGAAAUCACUCACUGCAUACGGCCUCAGGACAUCAAGGAGCGCCGAGCGGUCAUCAUCCUCAGGAA